AUAAAGAUAUGUAGUUUCUAUUAAUGAAAAGCUUACAAAAUAAAUAUAAUUACAUUUUAUAAAGAUAUUUCUAUCUCUAUUGCUCCUAUAUUUUUUUGCUAAAAAAAGGAUAUUUAUAAACGCUUUCAAAAAGAAAAAAAUUAAGUCUCUCACCAGAAAUUGGAAAGGCAAAAGUACGUCGGUGAUGGAAUCUAAAAGAUGACAUCUCUUGUCGUGAACCUUUUACAAAAAAAAGAUUUAUGUAAUAAUUAAACUCUCACAGCGGUACAACUUUCCGGUUUAUGGUUGUUGAUUAAUCCGAACGAAUUCUGGUAGAGAAAAAAAAAAAAAAAACUCCUAUUUCCGUGAAAGAAUUGGAGCACAAGAGUUGCAAUAAAAGUUUGCAAUUAAUAGACUGAAUGAACUAACACACUGUCCGCCUGUUUCAACAAACUCAUUAACAACGGCCCUGAAACUCGCCUCCUUCUCUGCUUUCUUCCCUUAAAUUCAUGUCACAUCUGGUUCUGGCAGAUUUUCAUGAUUUCACUUUAUUCCAUAGAUGAAAGUUUUUUCAGCUAAGGUGGACGAUGGAAGAGAAGGACAAGAUGGGAAACCAUCGGUUGGUCCUGUAUAUCGUAACCUACUAGCCAAGAAUGGAUAUCCUCCACCUGGUCCUGAUAUGUCUACUGCUUGGAGUCUUUUCAGUUCAUCUGUUCAGAAGCACCCCGGAAACAGGAUGCUUGGAUGGCGAAGAAUUGUUGAUGGGAAGGUGGGCCCUUAUAUCUGGAAAACAUACAACGAAGUUUAUGAUGAAAUUCUGCACAUUGGUUCUGCAUUACGAGCAUCUGGUGCCGAACCUGGAUGUCGGGUUGGGAUUUAUGGAGCAAACUGCCCACAGUGGAUUAUGGCGAUGGAGGCCUGCAGUGCCCACAGUUUGGUUUGUGUGCCUCUCUAUGAUACACUGGGACCUGGAGCUGUAAAUUUUAUUAUAGAUCAUGCAGAGGUUGAUUUUGUAUUUGUACAAGACAUAAAAGUAAAAGAACUUUUGAAUCCAAAUUGUAAAUCUACUCAACGGCUGAAAGCAAUGGUUUGCUUCACCUCAUUGACGGAGGAAGACAGUGCUAACGCUUCUCAAAUGGGGGUUAAGACAUAUUUGUGGAACGAGUUUCUCCACAUGGGAAAGGAAAAUCCACAAGAGAUUUCACCACCUCAACCAUUUAACAUUUGCACAAUUAUGUAUACAAGCGGCACCAGUGGAGAUCCUAAGGGUGUUGUGUUAACACAUGAAACAAUUGCACUACUUGUAUACGGCAUUGAUCUUUUCUUGGAUCAAUUUGAGGACAAGAUGACAGUGGAUGAUAUGUAUUUGUCCUUUCUGCCCCUUGCUCAUAUCCUUGACCGCAUGAUUGAGGAAUACUUUUUCCAUAAAGGAGCAUCUGUUGGCUACUAUCAUGGGAACUUGAAGGAACUGCGGGAUGACAUAAUAGAGUUGAAACCAACAUUUUUAGCCGGUGUACCCCGAGUUUAUGAUAUGAUUCAUGAAGGUAUUAAAAAAGCACUAGAAGAACUCAGCCCGUUGAGGAAGCAGAUUUUUUAUGCUCUCUACAAAUACAAACUUUUUUGGAUGAAUCGAGGGCAUAAACAUAAAUAUGCAUCACCUUUAGCAGAUUUGUUGGCCUUCAGGAAGGUCAAAGCUAAGUUGGGCGGUCGGCUUCGAUUGUUAUUAUCUGGAGGUGCACCAUUGAGCUCUGAAGUAGAAGAAUUCCUGCGGGUCACUUGUUGUGCCUUUGUUGUCCAAGGCUAUGGAUUGACAGAAACUUGUGGAGCUUGCACUAUUGGCUUUCCGGAUGAGAUGUGCAUGGUCGGUGCUGUUGGGUCCCCAGCUGUGUACAAUGAGUUGCGCCUAGAGGAGGUUUCAGACAUGGGCUACAAUCCACUCGGAAAUCCUCCCUGUGGUGAGAUAUGCGUGAGAGGAAAGACUCUUUUCUCUGAGUAUUAUAAAAAUCCUGAACUGACAAGAGAAUCUUUCAAGGAUGGAUGGUUUCAUACAGGAGACAUAGGGCAAAUGCUUCCUAAUGGAGUUGUUAAGAUUAUUGAUAGGAAGAAAAAUCUUAUUAAGCUCUCCCAGGGAGAGUACGUGGCACUAGAGUAUUUGGAAAAUGUUUAUGGAGUCACUCCAAUUGUUGAUGAUGUAUGGGUCUAUGGAAACAGCUUCAAAUCAAUGCUAGUUGCUGUGGUUGUGCUACAUGAAGAAAAUGCUAAAAAGUGGGCAUACUUAAAUGGUUACACAGGUUCACUCUCUGAGCUUUCUUCUCUCAAUAACCUACAGAACUAUGUCCUCUCAGAGCUGAAAUCCACGGCUGAGAAAAACAAGAUGAGAGGUUUUGAAUUCAUCAAAGGAGUAAUUUUGGAACCCCACCCCUUUGACAUGGAAAGAGAUCUAGUGACUGCAACAUUGAAGAAAAAAAGAAACAAUCUGCUUAAAUAUUAUCAGGCUGAAAUCGAUGCACUCUACCUAAAGUUGACUGCAAAAAUAAGAAGCUGAAGUAAAAGAGCGUGUAUGCCAUGAUGAUAAACCCCCUAUCCUGCUUCAUCGUUACUGCUACAUAUAUGUAACUUAGCAAAUAAAAGUGAAAAAAUAUAUACCAGGAAAAAAUGGUUGUGUUGAUUGUCUAUGCUUAAUGUAUAAAAUUAACAAUAAAACUAGAUUUUUAGAUAAAUAUAUUGAAAAAAAAAAAAGCAGAAUGUCAAUAUUUUUAUGCAUUAAUU